CCGCACAAACAUGGCCAGACUCUGAGCUCCAGCCAACUGGAGUGAAAAGAUCAGAGGGGCAGAGGAGUGAACGACAGCAGCAUAGCUGAUACCCCCUGGCAGUGUAAUACGAUGGCCAAGAUCUAUAAGAAGACCAGUCGCAAUGGCUCGAUUGCUCUUUAUCUAGGAAAGAGGGACUUUGUGGACCGUGUGGACAAUGUUGAUAUUGUUGAUGGUGUGCUCAAAAUAGAUCCAUCAGAUCUCGCUGGGAGAAAAGUAUGGGUUUCUCUCACCUGUGCUUUUCGCUAUGGCCGCGAGGAUUUGGAUGUGAUUGGUUUAUCAUUCCGAAAAGACAUCUGGAUUGAGCACCUUCAGGUGUACCCUCCGACCAGUGAACCCAAGCCAGCUAACACACACGUGCAAGAUGCACUUCUGAGGAAGUCUGGAGAAGAUGGACACCCAUUCACUUUCGCUCUUCCCACAAAUCUACCUUGCUCUGUCACCCUUCAACCUGGACCAGGCGAUGCUGGCAAGGCGUGUGGUGUUGAUUUUGAAGUUAAGGGCUACAUUGCCAUGGAAGCAGACAAUCCAGAUGAGGAAAUUGAUAAAAAGGAUACAACCCGCUUGAUCAUCCGAAAGAUACAGUUUGCUCCAGACAAACUAGGUGCUGGUCCAAAAGCUAGCAUCAGUAAACAGUUCAUAAUGUCUGAGAAACCAAUUCAGAUCGAGGCUUCAACUGAGAAAGAGCUUUACUACCAUGGAGAUCCCAUUCCAGUUACUGUAAAAAUCAACAAUGAUAGCAAUAAAGUGGUGAAGAAAGUGAAAAUCUCAAUUGACCAAACGACAGAUGUGGUCCUGUAUUCUGCUGACAAAUACACUAAAGUUGUACUAUGCGAGGAAUUCGGAGACCAAGUUGAUCCCUCGUGCACCCUUGAAAAGGAAUACAGAGUUACCCCUCUGCUGGCCAACAACACAGAGAAGCGCGGUUUGGCACUAGAUGGCAAACUGAAGGAUGAGGACACAAACCUGGCAUCAUCGACCAUCAUCCGACCUGACAUGGAUAAGGACAUCUUGGGAAUUCUGGUGUCCUACACAAUCAAAGCAACUGCUGUGGUGUCCGGUGGUGGAAUACUUGGAAGCCUUACAUGCAGUGAUGUGACUGUGGAGAUUCCUUUGGUCCUGAUGUCCCCAAAGCCAGCAGGUAAGCAGGUGUUUCACUGAGCGAAAGAAAAGCCGAGACAGGGGCAG